CGUGGAUUCUGUCACAAGAGAACGAACGACCAGAGGCUCAAAGGUUUUCUGUUCUACCCGCCAUCGGCAGUCACAGCUACCUGCGGCCGUCUACGAAGGAGAGACUAGAGGACGUGAUCCGAUCCACUAGUCUAAGCACCAAGAGAAAAGCAUUCAGGAUGGACAGCCAAAUUUCCACUAUCUCCAUGACAAUAGAAAAUCCAAAAAAUCAACCUAAAGAGGAAACUACGGACAUCGAAAAAGCCAUGGAGAUAUGCGGAACCGGAAGAUAUCAGUACACAUUUCUGCUGACAUGCGGCAUGUUGUUCAUUUGCGUCGGCUUGCAAUACGGAAUAAACGCGUACAUCCUGCCGUCGGCCGAAUGCGAUUUUAACAUGAGAUCGGAGCAGAAAGGAUUCUUGAACGUCGCGUUUCUCGGAGGCUGCGUGUUUAGCGCCUUUUUCUGGGGAAUCUUCGCAGGCGUUUAUGGGCGAAGGAAUAUCAUUCUGCUGACUCUUUUCACCGAUAGUAUAUUAUCAAUAAUCACAAGCUUCUCGCCGAGUUACAACGUAUUCCUAAUAUUCCGCGUCAUAAGUGGAUUCAUGAUGGGCGCACCUGGUUCACUGAUAUACACGUAUCUCGGUGAGUUUCACGAAGACAAGAGUCAAACGAAGAGCAUCUGCUUUCUUGGUUUCUUCUGGCCUCUCGCUUGGUUGAUAUUAGCUGGUCUAGCGUGGAUCUUCAUACCGUUGCCGAUAAAUUACGAGUUCUACGGCAUUCAUUAUAAUUCUUGGAGGACUUUCCUCGCCUUCAUCGGUAUACCUACUUUCAUCAUAGCCAUGAUAAUUCUCCUCAAGUAUUCUGAAAGUCCAAAAUUCCUGGUGUCGCAGGGCAGGACCGAUGAGGCUCUCGCGAUUCUCCGGAAGAUUUACGCAGUGAACAACCGGCGCGACGAGAACGAGUAUCCGGUGAAAGAAUUACUCUCUGACAUUGUGUUGGAAGCGAAAAAAGACGGGGUAUCGUCAUGCUCGAUACAUUCUUUGACGGACAUAAUGAAGAAUAUCUGGCGGCAAUUGCGCACCAUUUUGUCACCACCGCAGUUGAAAUACGCCAUCAUUGUGUGGACGAUUUACGCUUCGAAUAUGUUCGGAUACUAUGGUUUGGGUCUUUGGAUGCCAGAACUGUUCAAUCGUUUUGAGAACUAUCAACACUUGCAUCCGAACGCAUCUGUGACGAUCUGUGAGUUAUCCGACAUACACCCAUCGCUGAAUUUAACUAUUGCGGAUGAACCGUUCUACCUGUUAAACAAAGAGUGCAAACCGAAUAUAGACGAGCGAGUCUUCAUCAAUUCAUUGUCGCUCAAUGCCGUCUCCUUACCGGCGAACAUCAUCUCCGGAAUUUUGGCGAGUCGAGUCGACCGUCGAACCAUACCAGUGAUCACGAUGUUACUGGCCGGCGCAUCCAAUUUCGGCAUCUAUUUCAUGAAUUCCUCGCAAAAGGUUCUCAUGAUGGCAUGUGUGUCCACACUAAUGUUGACCAUGUCGAAUUUCAUGAUGGCCGGUGUGGCAGUCAACAUCUUCCCUACACAUGUCGCCGCUGCCGCGGUGUCUAUGAUGAUAUGCUUAGGAAGGGCUAGCGCAGUAGCGAGCAAUCUGAUUUUCGGCUUACUGCUGGACUUCACCUGCGAAAUUCCGUUGUUCAUGCUGGCUGGUAUCGUUAUAUUUGGUGGAAUAGUAUCCUUCCUAAUACCGAACAAAAAAAAGAAGUGAAGAUGCAACAAAGGAAGACAAAGACAACACUUAUUAUAAUUAAGAGACUCGAAGUGUUAAGUGGAAUGCUUCGUACCAUUCUUUUACACGUGAUUUAUAUGGAGUACAUGACGAUGUUUAUUAUUCUGUAAAUAAUAGCUAUAAAUAAACAUCGAUUAAGUCUUCGA